CACCUUUAUCAAUUAAUGACUGCAAAAUCCUGCCCUUUAUAAAAUCCUACACACCCUCCUCCUAAAAGCUAAAACCCAACAAAAAAAAAAAAAAGAGACACAUAGGCUCUGCUUCAUUCAAAGUUCAAACCAACAAUGGAAGGGCGCGCAGAAUGCGGCGGCGGCAGAGCAUUGGGCGGGACGGAGCAGAGCUGGUCUCGAGCUGUUCCCGGCGGCACAGGCACCGCCGUCCUAGCAAUCCUCACCACCAAUCCCCCCGAUUCCGCCUCCCUCAACGCCGCCCUCCACAAACUCCAAACCUCCCAUCCCAUUCUCCGGUCAAGACUCCACCACCACCACCACCACCACAAUAACUCCACUCGUACUACCCCCGCCGCCGCCGCCGUCUCCAUCGCCCCCGCCGCCGCGCCUUUCGUCAGGGUGAAACAGGUCAACCUCUCGUCAACCCUCAACAUCCUCACCGCCGCUGACUCCUCCUCGCCGCCGCUGCAGCUGAUUCUGGAGCACGAGCUGAACAACAACCAAUGGGCUUCUUCCACCGCGACUGCCACUGCCAAGCCGGAGAACAACAAUAUCGAGGACUUGUUUUUCGCGACGACCUACGCGCUGCCCAAGGACAAGUGGGCGGUGGUCCUGAGGCUCCACGUGGCGGCCUGCGACCGCACCACGGCCGUGUCUCUGCUGAACGAGCUGCUGGCGCUGCUGGUGGCCGCAGGGGAAGAGGAGGAGAAGAAGUACUGGCCGCCGGGAGAAGAAGGGAAGGAAGUUGGCGCGGCCAUCGAGGAGCUGAUCCCCAAGGGGAAAGCGAAGAAAUCCGUGUGGGCGCGUGGGGUCGACAUGGUUGGCUACUCGGUUGGUUCGUUCAGGCUGACCAAUUUGAGGUUCGUCGAUGCCAGGUCGGAUCGGCGGUCGCAGGUGGUCAGGUUCCAGCUGGAUCGCGACCAAACCGAGAAGCUGCUCGCUGGAUGUGAGAAGGUCGGGAUAAAGCUGUGCGGGGUGUUGACGGCGGCGGGGAUGAUAGCUGCGCAGUAUAGCUUGAGGAAGAAGAAUCUUAGUAGUAAUCGUCGUGGUGGUGGUGGGGUUGAGAAACAGAGGAAAUAUGGAGUUGUGACGUUGACGGACUGCAGGUCGAUUCUCAGCCCGUCUCUUUCGCCGCACCAUUUUGGAUUCUAUCACUCUGCCAUCAUGAACACCCACACCCUGAAACCCACACCGUCAUCGGUAGGAGGCAACUCGACCGAAACGCCGCCAUACCACCUCUGGGAAGAGGCGCAGAAGGCGUACAAGGCGUUCCGGAGCUACAAGGAAAGCGACCGGCAGUUCACCGACAUGGCGGACAUCAACUUUCUGAUGACCACCGCCCUCGACAACCCUUCCCUCACUCCUUCCUCCGCCCUCAGGACGUCCCUCCUGUCCGUCUUCGAGGACACCGUCGUCGACGACAACUCUGGCGGCGGCGCCGCCAGGGACGUGGUGGGGGUGGAGGAUUACAUGGGCUGCGCCUCUGUUCACGGCAUCGGGCCUUCCCUCGCCGUGUUUGACACGAUCCGGGAGGGUAAGCUGGACUGCGUGUGUGUUUACCCGUCGCCGCUGCAUUCCAGGGAGCAGAUGGUGGAGUUUGUGGACAAGAUGAAGAGCGUUCUUGUGAGUUGUUGAGAGAGAGAGAGAGGGUUUGGAUGAGGUGGGUGAGUUCGGGUUGGGUUUUUCCAGGUAAUUUUGGAUCCCCGGUUGUUGCUCUUGUUAUGUGUAGUAGAAUAACUGAAUAAGUGCCGCCGCGGCAACGCCGGCGAGAACAUUGGUUGCAAGGGAGAGGUUGGUUUUUAUAUUAAUUAGUUUAUAAGCCAAACCGUUGGCCGGAAUGUUUGUAUUUGAUUUUCUACAUUUUAUAUUUUUAUGUUAUGUUUAAUUUUAUCAACUCUUUUAAUUUUAUUGGCAAUCUUUCGAUGUUCGAUCGAUACAUAAAAAAUGAAUGUAUAAAUUGAAUAUUUGAAGAAAUACCAUCAUAAUUUAAGAUUACAAAAUAUAAAAAUGUAUUCAUAA